CAUCGUGAUACACGCCUUUUUCGUGCCUGUCGGGUGAAUUUUGAUGUACGGAAAUGCGGGGGCGGCUGGACGAGAGCAUAUAUUCGACGUCGCGACGCUCUUCACCACAGACGCCACCACACUCUGUUCUGUGUACGAAUUUGAAUACACCAAAGCAUCAAAAUGUGUGACGACGAAGUAGCAGCGUUGGUUGUGGACAAUGGAUCCGGUAUGUGCAAGGCCGGUUUCGCUGGAGACGAUGCUCCACGAGCUGUCUUCCCCAGCAUUGUUGGUCGCCCAAGACAUCAGGGUGUGAUGGUGGGUAUGGGUCAAAAAGACUCGUACGUCGGUGAUGAAGCCCAGAGCAAGAGAGGUAUCCUCACCUUGAAAUACCCGAUCGAGCACGGUAUCAUCACCAACUGGGAUGACAUGGAGAAGAUCUGGCAUCACACUUUCUACAAUGAACUCCGUGUCGCCCCGGAAGAACACCCAGUUCUUCUCACUGAGGCUCCACUCAACCCAAAGGCCAACCGUGAAAAGAUGACCCAGAUCAUGUUUGAAACCUUCAACAGCCCAGCCAUGUACGUCGCCAUCCAGGCUGUGCUUUCUCUGUACGCUUCUGGUCGUACCACCGGUAUUGUGUUGGACUCUGGUGAUGGUGUCUCUCACACAGUACCAAUCUACGAAGGUUACGCUCUUCCCCAUGCCAUCCUCCGUUUGGACUUGGCUGGUCGCGACUUGACCGACUACCUCAUGAAGAUCCUCACCGAGAGAGGAUACUCCUUCACCACCACCGCCGAGCGAGAAAUCGUUCGUGACAUCAAGGAGAAGCUCUGCUACGUCGCCCUGGACUUUGAGCAGGAAAUGGCCACCGCAGCGGCCUCCACCUCCCUCGAGAAGAGCUACGAGCUUCCCGACGGUCAAGUUAUCACCAUCGGUAACGAGAGGUUCCGUUGUCCCGAGGCCCUCUUCCAGCCGUCCUUCUUGGGUAUGGAAUCUUGCGGAAUUCACGAGACCGUCUACAACUCCAUCAUGAAGUGUGACGUCGACAUCCGUAAAGACUUGUACGCCAACAACGUCCUCUCCGGAGGUACCACCAUGUACCCAGGUAUUGCUGACCGUAUGCAGAAAGAAAUCACCGCCCUCGCCCCAUCAACCAUCAAGAUCAAGAUCAUCGCACCCCCUGAGAGGAAAUACUCCGUAUGGAUCGGAGGUUCCAUCCUCGCCUCUCUGUCCACCUUCCAACAGAUGUGGAUCUCCAAGCAGGAGUACGACGAAUCCGGUCCCGGAAUUGUUCACCGCAAGUGCUUCUAAGAUGUUUAAUUCAGAAAUUUUUAUUAUUAAAAUUAAACCAUUACUUCGAUUACAUUUUCAAAAUAAGCAACGUGUUUAUCGUAAACCGCUUGGUCACAUAUAUACCACGUACGACGCUACAUUACUUGUUUCUCAGGUAUGAAGCUAGUUUCGUGGCAAUAGUUGUCAUUCGAGCACAAAUAUCAUCUUUUGUAUAUACAUAAGUCAACAUCUUAUGCAAUAAAUACUGUCUUAUUUUA